CAGCAAACUUACUGGAUGUCGAACGCCCUCCACAAACAACACACAAAAACGAUUAUACAUUCCCUCAAAUCAAGUAAGGUAACUGACCAUGGAAUCUCCAUCCGUCUCACCGUUACCAUUUGCCUUGGAUUCCAUCAGCGUCGCAACGGCUGCAACUACCAGUACGAGUGUCAGUACGCUAUCGCAGAGCCAAGACGACCACAAUAAUAGCGAUCAACUCUUAUUGCAAACGCAAUUACAAGCAGAUGACGGUUUGAUGAUUGACACGGUCGAAUUGGAAUGGGACGACAAGGCGCCGGCUCCAUGUGUUUCGCCCGAUGAAAUCGAGUCGUUAAUGGCCCAUCAAAUGAGUGCGCUGUCGGUCGAAGAUCGCGACAAAGUCUAUCACGAUUUGUACGGCAUUACCCCGGCAUUUACCGAAACUCCCGAAUUGCUCCAAGCACGGCUCGCAGCCAUGGAAGACGAAUUGGAACAAUUGCACGAUAUUCCCGCCUACGAUAUGGCCGUCUUGUUGGAUCGCGACUAUGUCACCAAGGAUGAAUUUCGACUGCGAUUUUUACGUGCCGACCUGUUGGACGCCAAGAAAGCGGCGCAUCGCAUGGCCCGGCAUUUCAAGGCUAAAAUGGAUUUGUUUGGACGCGACAAAUUGGUCAAGGAUAUUACCCAAGACGAUCUCGAUGACGCCACACUAGCAGCGCUAUACAGUGGCUACUGUCAAUUCUUGCCACUCCGCGAUCGCGCCGGUCGCAUGGUCCAUGUCCAAUUCGUGGUACCCCCCACCAUCGAUUUGGAAACGAAACUCAAGAUUGAUUUUUACAUGGUCAUGGUCAAAUCGGAAGAUAUCGAAACGCAACGCAAAGGAUGUGUCGGAAUUCGUUACUUUAAUGGACAAUGGUUACAGGCACAACAACAACAACAGGCACAACCACAGGAGCAACAACCACAGACCAAUAAUUGUCUUUGGCAGGCACCGCAGUUAUUGACGGCACUGCCCCUGCGGCCAUCGGCCAUGCAUCUCUGUCAUGAUUCCAAAUCCAUUUGGUCGCCCGUAUUUGCCGUCAUGAAGUAUGUACUGGGCUAUUUUGUCCGCAAUCGAACCCGAGAACAUUAUGGAACGCACGAACACAACUUGUUUCAGCUACAGACAUACGGCAUAAUAACUUCGCCCAGUUGUUUUCCAUUGGAUCUGGAUGGAAAGAUUCUCUUGGAAUAUCAUCACGAACUGUGGCGAAAACGACGCAAUCUAGAACGAUUGCGAGAAGAAAAAUUAGUGCAAAAGGAACAGCAACAGGAAGAAGAGGAAGAGGAUGUCAAUCCACAAGAACAACAAUCACAACCCACACCUGCUGACACUAACAACGAUACCAAAAACAAAAAGAACAAAUCUACCGUCGUCGAUCCAGAACCAUUCUCCAUUGCCGGACAGAACGAUGUCUUGCUGGGCCGUGGCAAACGUUUCUAUGAACACUCGGGCAAUAUUCGCUUUCGAUACAUGGUCGAACAUCAAGCGGCAGAUUACAAUGCCACUGCGUCGGCAUCGGCCAAGAAACGCAUCACUUCGGAUAUUGUUGCCAAGAUCCAUCAGACUGGGGGACGAUUCCUCAAGGACGAUCGAGAUGCGGGAUGGAUUGAAGUGGACGAUGAAACGGCACGGCUCAAAGUCAGUCAUGUAUUUCGCAACAUGCGAUUAUCCAAACACAAUAACAACAAUACUGCUGCAUGUAGCAACAAUCAUCAUGAGAACAACAACAAGGGAGCCAGAACCAAACGAGCACGGGAGGAAGAUGUCAGCAGUAAAAAGACCGCCACUACCACAGCUAGUACGACCAGGGAGGAGGUCUCAUCAUUCAAGGAAACCAAAGAGGAUUUCUAA